AUGGCUUCUCUUCCUCACCCUUCUCAGCAAUCAACAGCAAGUGAACUUGAUUAUCACUCACCAUCUAUGCGUUAUAACCAAGAAAUUAAGGCCACACUAGAAGUAGAAACUGUUGUUCCAGUGCCAAGGAGUAGGAAAGGAGAAGGAUGUGUAGCCCCUGAUCUUGAUGGUGUUUUCUUGACUUGGGAGGAUUUGUGGGUGACUGAUUCCAAUGGGAAAAGUGGCAGCAAACCAAUCCUUGAGGGUCUAACUGGUUAUGCUAAGCCAGGAGAGCUCUUGGCUAUAAUGGGUCCAUCAGGUUGUGGCAAAUCUACACUUCUUGAUACAUUAGCAGGUAACUGA